AUUUAAUGUUCAAGUAAGACUGAUACGAUGUUUCAUGUUACUAUCACGGAGGUUUUGGAAAUAAUGGCUAUUAUUGCCUGACAAACUUAGGGCGUUUGAAAGGCAACAAUUCAAUGACAAGUAAUUACUACGUUAACCCCAAAGAAUACUGAUCAUGUCAAUUAACAUAAACGACCCAUCUCUUGCUUAUAUGAAUGUCUGAAGUGGAUAAAGAAGCACUAUGGAGAAUUGGACUGACUCCUGCAUACGGGCACUUCCAAGGUGAGCUGAGCCACAGAGCAAAACAGAAUGUCCUGAAGACAGUCAAGCAACCUUGCAAACGUUUGAUCGUAAACAUUCUUGGUGAGCCACGCCAGGGAAAAACAAGUCUGAAGCGAUUACUAACGAGAGAACCAUUCGACCCAAAUGAAGAGAGCACCGUUGCCAUUGAACAGGAGUUAGUUGAAACAUGCACUGUUGACUCAAAGUGGAAGAUACUAUCACAGAUACAUUCUUCAGCGACCGAUUAUAAAGAUCGCCUAAAUGAACAGAUAUACCUACAUUUGAAAAAUAGUGAAUUGCCAGGGAAAAGAAGCAUUAUCCAAUGCUAUUGUAAGGUUGGGUGUGUAUUGUUGUUGGCGUUGAUAUUCUACUCUAUCGUUCAGAUCGACUCGCUACGGCCUCUCCCCGUGUUGCCCGCUGGCAUUGUAGUAACAUGCCUUGUUGCCUGGAGGUUGUUAGGUGUGCGAGAUGGUCCAAUUUUAGCGGUGACAAUUACUGCAACUGGGUCUUUUUUAGAUGUGCUUAUUCUGCAUCAGACAAACGUUAAUUCAACGGAAGAAACAAAAUCUUUAUUCUGUUGGGGAUUAUGCAUCGGUAUGCAUAUUGUUUUUGGGGUCCUCACCCCGACUCUAUUGAAAUCAUUUGGUGCAGUUGUAGUCACGGGACUUACAACCGUCAUAUUGAUGGCAACUCCAGGAAAAGUGAGCACCAGUCAUAUCCUGAGAAUGGUGCUUGGCAUUGUGUUUGUCAAUAUCGGAAUGGCUGUAUCAAAGAUGAUGUCUACGCGACUUAAGUUAAUAGCUGCAUCAAUUACCCUUCUAUUUAGAAUUCUAAUGAUGGGCGAUGUGUCACUCUGCUGUAUAUUCUUCAUGUACGGAGUAUGCUGGGUAAGCAUUAUAAAAGCAGACAGAAUUGGAAAAAUAACAGUUGUUAAAGUGUUUUGUGAACUUGGUAUUCCCAAUCCAUAUCGAAGGUGGGCUAUGUAUGUAUUUGGAAUGCUCCUUGGACCACCCUUCAGUAGAUUCUUCGGUUGGUCAUUCGCUUCAACGGGUCCUUAUCAUAUCAUAAUAUCACUUGGUCUUCUGGCACUUAUAGAGUUGACCCACGUCUAUACAGACUAUUAUGCAACUAUCAAUGACGUCAUCUCAACGGCUGAAUUAAAUAAAACCUGGCUAAAAUUGGCAGAUACUUCAUCGGAGGAAUUGCCCAAUGAAGACAUUACUUUGGUGAUCCGUGAUUUCGCAGGUCAUAAACUUUACCAUUCCACUCAUCAUGUUUUUAUGACCGAACAUGCCGUUUAUGUUAUUGUGUUCAAACUACCAGAUGCCUUCGCAGCUCCCGAGGAGAUGAUGAAGUCUUUGACAUACUGGAUCAACUCAGUUUUGUUCCAUACCAACCACAAUGAUCCUUGCAUCAUUCUUGUCGGUACCCAUCGCAAUGAUCAAUCUCUUUCACCAUCUAAAAUUAAAACUAUUGAAAACUACAUAGACGACCAUUUACCAAGCGACUAUUUGAAGCUUCUAAUGUGGAAUCCACGCGAUACCCUCGUAUUCUGUGUGGAAAACUCAUCUAGGGUUGACUGCCAUGACUAUUCAUAUCUUUUGAAAACCAUACGGAGAUGUGGCACUGAACGAGAGUUUCAAAGGAAACAGUUGCCUCUCCGGUUCUUCGCGUUUGGAUCAGUACUGGAAAAAAUGCGGAAACAGAACAGUGGUUGCCCAAGUAGAAAACAAGACUUUAUUGACAUGUGGUGGCUGACCCGGAAACUUUCCAAACGGGAAGCCGUGUAUGUCAGUUCCGAACAGAUCACAAACCACAACUCCAGCCAAACAUUUGUUAUUGAUUAUGAUAUUUUAUAUGAGAUCUGCAAGGAAACCGAUUGCCAAAUCAAAAGCAAGGAACAGUUCACGAAGUUGCUUAAAGUGUUCCAUGAUAUGGGAGAAAUCAUAUACAAAGACAUACCGGGUCUGGGUGAUAUCGUCGUCACUGAUCCCCAAAUCCUGAUUGACAUUGUUGCUGCUGUAGUUACACAGCCCAAAAAAUCCGAAAUUAAACCAGGACUGGUAGCGGCAUAUAAAACACUCCAUACAAAGGGUAUCGCAUCACAGAGUCUCCUAAAUCAUAUCAUCAAAGAAAAGUACCCCCAGAUGACCUCUGACACAUUGGCCAAAUUUGCAUCUCUCUUCGAUGACUAUGACCUUAUGUGUUCAAUGAAGGUCCAAAACGGUAACAAUGCAUCCCAUUACAUCAUCCCCCAACUAUUACCAGAGAUCGUACCAGAUCACAGCGAAUGGAAAUCCAAGUGCACAACUAAUGACCAUGUUUAUUUCAUUGGUUUUAACCAUUUUCACCCACAGUCUAUGUUUGUGAGACUACUUUGCGCCAGUCUCCGACAUCAGAUUGAAUACCAGCCAUCAUUCAACAUCCUCGAUGCCCCUGUGUAUAGGUUCAAUGCUUGGUGCACGUACAAAUCCGGUCAUGCGUACCAUUUAUCAUUGGAUCCUGACACUAGAUCAACACUUAUAAAGGUGAUUAUUAGGUGUGAGGACUCGGAGAGCCCCGUCAAAGUUCUUGGCUUUCUCAACAACAAGCUCCAAGCCAUCACCAAGAGAGACUUUAAUAAAGUUACAUACACCAUCGGACCCCUUUGUCCCGUGUGUACCGAUCCAGAACACGCAAUUGAUGAAAAGGUGCACAUUAUUCCGAUGAUGGGGACAUCUAUUGGUUAUCAUAAACGCAUUACAGUAUGGUGCUCUGGCCAAAAAGUGCAACUUCAACAUGGAAAGGUAUUACCAAGUGGAUACCUCGGUUGUGGUUCGCUCAAGGAAUCGCCAACGCUGUCCAUUAAUGCAAAACUAGUCAAUAACAGUGCAAAGGCCACACCUAAUCAAAAACAGGAAGACGUAAAACUCACCGAUGAAACGCCCAUCUACGAUUUGCCACACGAGUUGUAUGUUAAAAUACGACAACUCCUCAGUCUACCAUCAGUUCUAGGAAAUGAUUACACUGGUUUGGCAGGUAUACUGGGGAAGACUCUGACUGAAGUGAUGCUCUACCAACUCGAGAAUAACCCAUGUGAUGCUCUUUUAAAGGACUGGGCCAAACAAGAGGAUGCGACUCUAGGCAAUCUCAUCAAACAUCUAAAAACUCUGCAGCAGUUUAGAAUCAUAUCAACCAUUGAGGAAUUUUGUGAGAGAAAUGUGGAGAAAAGCUCAAGUGGCAGCAAAAAUAGAGUGUAAAAUGUUAAUUCGAAAAUCAAGCCAGUGUUUUCAUUUUCUUUAAUAUAUUAUGUUAUAAAAAACUGAAAAUUCCGAUAUAAUACGGGAGUAAUUGAAGACUUAAGAUGCAGAAAUAUUCAAAUUAAUUAGAAUGGGAAAGGGGAUCCUCAUUUUCUGAUAUUUUAAAAUCAAAGGAUUAUCUCAAAAUUAGUUUUUAGAAAAUAAGCAUGACAACGGAUUAUUGUUCACUACAUCUUGUGUAGUAUCUUCCUUCCUAUAUUUUGUUUCAAUAUACAAUGUUUCAAGGGGGAUUUAUAUCAGGUGAGUGUUGCACUAUUUCGGCAUUUGGAGCAUGUUUGGUAAAUGGCAAU